UUUAUUAUGCUCACAAUAUUUCUUUUUUUUAUCGGUGCCCUUUUUGGGUCCCUAAUCCGGUCCCUAGCGUUGGGUUCAUGUUGCUUUCCUGCUUUUCAUCCUCUCCCUGUUCCUGGCACCAUUAAUUAUCUUCAGAUGUGUUCCAGUUCUGCAUAUGUUCCGUGCUCAACUUGAAGGAACUGUUCCCACGGCUGCGUCGAUCAUCUGCUGAUCAAGCGUCGCGCGCUCGCGCGCGACGCCGUGAUCUCGUUAUCAGCCAAUUCUCCUCUUUGUGCCCAGCAAAAGAAAGAACAGAUUCCUGCUCUGAAAGCUGCUCUGUUGCUCGAAUUCUCUUCUCUUCCUUACUUCAGAAAAGAACAGAUUCCUGCUCUGAAAGCUGCUCUGUUGCUCGAAUUCUCUUCCCUUCCUUACUUCAGAUUACACGGCUCAAAUUGUCUGCGCAGCAUGCACAUCAUCACAAGUUCAGUCCUUACUGAAUUUCUUUAUCUGCAUUCAGGACCUCAUUUUCCGGUACAGUAGUAUACAAGUAUAUAGAGUAUGCUCACUACUGGUGAGUUCCUGUAGUGAAAGACACUCCACUGUUCCUGAUCACGACUGAUGAGAGGAGCUAGCACUCAUGGUCUCAUCUCAUAGCUUUUAUCUGCUUUGGUCAGUGCCCUUCAAGGCUUCAUCACACUUGGCUGAGAGCGCUUUCUGUCCAUGCCCAUGCCGUCCCGUCCUCCAAUGCUGUGGCCGCUCCACUCCACUCCCCUUGUCCGCUUCUCUUUUGCAGCUUCUCGGCGCCGGUCUCACCAGCGACCGCCUCUGGCCUUGAUUUCUUUCUUCCCCCAAAUAUUCUUGGGCAUGCCGCCGCGAAUGUCCCACAUGUCCGCCUGCAGCAGCAUGGCGCCCGCGCCCGCGGCCGAGGCGCCGCGCGCGCCGCCGUCGCCGCUGGACUACGACGCGGUGGUGAUCCUGGCGGCGAUGCUGUGCGCGCUGGUGUGCGCGAUGGGGCUCAACUCGAUGCUCCAGUGCGUUGUGCGGUGCACGCGCCGGGCCGUGCCCGACCCCGUCGGCUGGGUCGCGCACCGCCGCGCCAGCGCCGGGUUCAAGCGCGAGGACGUCGUCGCGCUGCCCGUGGCCACCUACGUCGCCUCGCCGCCGCCGGCCGCGGCGGCGGGGUGCGCCAUCUGCCUGUCGGACUUCGCCGACGGGGAGAGGAUGCGGGUGCUCCCCGUGUGCGGGCACCGGUUCCACGUCGCGUGCAUCGACAGGUGGCUCGCCUCGCACUGCUCCUGCCCGACGUGCCGGCGCCGCCUCUCCUCCGAGUCCGGCGCCGGAGGUCACCACCACCUGCAAGUCUUGACGGCUGUAUGAUCUAUCGAUCGGAAAGCUAUACUGUUUUUCUUUUGUCUCGAGAUCAUUGCUUCCGGCAGAUGCGUGUACGUAUGUGACGAUCCUGAUGAGCAUGACUGCGGCAUGAUCAGUUGAUCACCCUGGCUGCAUGAGAGCUUCUUUUUUUUCUUCUAUGUGUGUAUACCACCUUAUGAGAUGUUUAUUGCUCCUUUAUUAAUGCAUUAUUGUGACAAGAUCGCA